CGGCGGGGCGGGGCCGGAGGGGUCAAAUGGCCCGGGGCCCCGCAGGAGGGGCUUCCUCCCGGCCUGAACUUGGCUGACCUUCGCGGCUUCCUCCGGGAGCCUCUGGGCCUCCCCAUCCUCGGAGGUGGAGGGACUUACCUGACUCGUGACCUCGAGAAUCUUCGAGAUGGCUUCCGAGAGCCAGGGCCAUGGCGACUUGGGCGGAACGUUGCCUUCCAACUUCUUGAACCAGUUUUUGUCUGCCGUGGAACAGCUGCAGGAGGACUUCAACCGGGGCUUCACUGAAAUCAUGGCCCGGCUAGACAGCAACACAAGCCUGAUGGAAAAUUUAUCCCAGAUGAUGGAGACCUUCAGUAGGUCCCAGGGUAUGCUGGAGAUGGUCAAGACCACCCAGGGCUCAGCUAAGGAAGAAGCCAAGCAAGCCCCACAGGACCCCAAGUUCAAAGCCACCCCAAGGCCUCAGCCUUGCACCAGAAUUCGGUUCCUCUCAGAUGCUGAUGAGCAACAGGAACAACAGCCCGUCUGGGACAGGGAGCCCCAGUUCUGGCGAGACAGCCUGACCCAGGAACUCUGGGAACUUUACAAGAACCAACAGGGAAAUGGGGAGAAGCUGCUGGGAUUGGAAAGUAAAGACUCAGGCCUGCAUGACUCUAAACUGGACCGCAAGCUCAGGCACAGGAACAGCUUGAGUGACUCUGCUCCCUCCAUCCUGACCACAUCUCCCUCAGACCUGCUUGAUCUUUCCCAGAAGGACAUCAGCCAGUCGCAGUGUGAGACCCAGGAAUCUUCUGGAAGAGCUGACAUGUUUCUGAUGCCCCUGUCAUGGGACUACGAGGACUUGGAACCCAGCUGCCAAAGGCCUGACGACUUGCUCUGGCAAUCGGGUGGUGUCCCACAGGCCCUGCAGAAGGUGCGCGUGCUCAAACACCAGGACCUGCUGUUCUCGAUGGCCGUGAGCUGCCUGACGCAGCACAUCUUCACCUGCAGCCGCCGUGGCAUCAAGGUGUGGAGCCUCACAAGCGAGGUGGCCGAGGACAGGUUCCCCGAAAGCUACUUGCAGUGCAGCAGCCAGGCCAGUGGGGCCUACCUGCGCACCUGCCUGCUGUCCACCAAUAGCAGGAGCCUGUUCGCGGGGGGACACAACCUGGCCUGCGUGACAGUGUGGGAUCUGACUGCCCCGACCCUGUACGAGAAGUGCCAGCUGCCCUGCCAGGGUCUGUCCUGCCAGGCGCUGGCCGACACGGAGAGCAGCGUGGCCUUUGGUGGCUUCACAGACGGCACGAUCAGGAUAUGGGACCUACGAAGCCAGGGAGUGGUCAGGGACCUAGAAGGCCCUGUCAGUGCAGCCAAGAACCUCAUGGUCAAAGAUAACAAAGUCUGGACAGGGGGUCUGGACGCCUCUCUGCGGUGCUGGGACCUGCGGACAGCCAAGGUGGUGGUGGAGUGCACAUUCCAGUCCCAGAUCAUGAGCCUGUUGCACAGUCCGACGGAAGACUGGCUGCUGCUGGGCCUGGCCAGUGGCCAACACUGCUUGUUCAACAGCAAGACGAACCAGGUGCAAACUGCGAGCACCAAGGACAAGACCAUCUUAGGCCUCAAGUUCUCCCCAAACGGCCAGUGGUGGGUGAGCGUGGGGAUGGACAACCUCAUCACUAUCCACAGAAUGCCCACAGGAGUGAAACUCUUACAGGUCCGGGAGGCUGGCUCUGUCACAUGCUGUGACGUGAUAGACAAUGGCAAGCUGGUUGUCGCAGGAUGUGGGGACUGUGCCUCGGUGUACCAGAUCAAGUACUGACAGCUUCAACCCCCUCCCCUUGUAUCUUUCCCCAGCUGCACAGUGGCGGGUGGCGGUGGGUGUGAAGGGUUUAGUGAUCCUGGAGAGUCCCAUGGGCUGUGAAGACCCCUCAUCACACAUAAUAAACCAAUUGAGAAGGCA